ACCAUUUAAUUUACACAGGCCACAAGGAUGCAAAUCUUGUGCAUAAACAUAAAACUAUAAAAUUUAACGUGGUAGAAGAACGAUGCGCUCCGAUGUAUAUCUAAAUCAGCUGUGCAGACUAACAAGAGUAUAAAGAUAUCAUUCCCACAUCAAACCACAGCCGCAGUUUUCUAUAGCUUCCUAAACGGAAUGAUCAUGCGAACCAUCUGAUUUUCCAACCAGAAUUUUCGACUUUUCCGUCUUUCUCCUUCUACCCUACCUUCCUUUAAGAAAAAAAUAUUUACUUUAGGCUACUUGGGAUUCUCUUUCUUGUUUUGUUUUUGUUUUUGUUUGUUUUUUUUUUUCUGUAGGGGGAUCAUGUGACGAGCCCCUUGGAAUGACGGAUGGUAGCAUCACUAAUGCCCAGAUCACCGCCUCGUCCCAUUCCAUAGACGGGGAACCUUUUGAAGCCAGGCUGGACGGUGACAAUACUUGGAUACCGUGGAUGAUGCUGUCGUAAGUUUCCAGACAUAAAUAUUUGUGUCCUAAUCUUGCGUUUGCAGAGUUUGCUCAAGGACAGUUGUGUCACUGCUCUUUAACUCACUAUACUUGCGAAUGACCAAAUCACCGAUUCGUGUCUGCAAAAAAUGUCCCCCAAGCAUAAUAUGCUAGAAAUAGUUGACACUACAGUUGCCCCCGCUCUGUGUGUUGUCGGUCAAUAGUAUUCUUGGUCGUUGUGUAGCCCUUUGAAAUAUACUAUACUGAUUCGUGGUGAACAUGCACUGAUUCAGUUCGAUUUAUUCAGCUUUGAUCAAAACAUCCUAAGUUUUCUAAACCAUAAGAAAAGAUCUGAUUAGAAUGUUGGUUUAUCUCUCUCGACACGAAGAGAGGGAAAUAAGAAGAGAGUCGAACUAUGACUGUACAAUUAGUGUCACAGUGUUUUGCGUCAUCCUAACCAUCUCUUGCUUGCGGGCGUGAACAAUAGAAAUGUCAUCAUUAUCCAACGAUUUUAUGAGGCCCCUGAUCAAGUAAGUCGAGAUUAUUUCUGUACAUACUGACAGUCUAUUUAAGCUGUACGUGUUUUCUACAUAUACGCGUGAGCUACUAGGAUGCCUGCAGGAGCAAAAACGUUACAAAAAGAUGAGCUUGCCCUCUCUUUUUUUCAGAAUCCUUUACAAUCUUUUUUCCAGAGUCCCGUUUGUUCAUACAUGCCCUCUUUUGACUGAUUGCUGUUACUUAUAUACCUUCUUUGUUUGAGUGGUUCUUUUCAUGUGUCAUUUAAUUUGGUAGCAGUUCCCACCGUUUGAAUUUUGAUGUAUUUUUUGACAGCUAUCUUAACGCGCCUCUCAGAAUUUGUUGUAUGAAAAUAAGCUAAAUGAAAUCUUUAAGACAAAAAAAUAAAGAGAGUUGAAAUAUGAAGAUCAUCUCAAAACUUGAAAACAUAAGAAAGCUAAGCAAUGAAGUUGUUCAGGUAGCCAUUAAAAUCUAAAUUGUCAGCUAUUUUUUAACUUAUUUGCGCGUCCUUUCUUAUGUGAAAUUUCCUUGUCUAUUAAUUACAGGAAAGAGAAAAACCAAUAUUUGGAAGUUAAUUUCAAUGAUAGGGUCAUAAUUCGUCGGCUCAACACGCAAGCGGCACAGUUCUCGAACCGUUAUAAAAUGUCGCUGCUACCGCAAUAAAAACUUGUAAUGUUCGUUCCUUCGCUUCCGCUCCAUUUUCUAGAAGAAGAACCAGGGACUCGGGAAAUUCCCUUCGGCCAUGCCCCAUAUAUUUUUUUUAACACGGGUAUUUGUUUUUGUAUUUCAAGGAUUUAA